AUCUAAACUCACCCUUAAUGUCUCGGAAACUCAUCCCCAGAUUCCGUUUGUGAGUGAAGGUAAAAUUGCGGGUUGCACACUUCCACUUGCACCCCACCAUGCAUUAGUCGGAUUUGCGACUGAGAAAGUUCAGCAAUACAUAUUUAUUUACCCCUGAAGAAAAAGGUUCAUCAAUUCCCAUGCAAAUAGUUAUUCUAUUGCAGUAUUGCGUUAUGUCUUUUUUUAAAGAUGCUGGCUGGUUCCAGUUUUUAACCACGUAACUUUUUGUUAGUAUUAUAAUAUCUGAUGGAUCUGGGAUUUCAUCUCAAUCUCUCUCUGCAACUCUCAAAAUUCCAUGUUUUUAAGGUACUAUUCUCUACAGAUUUACCUUCCCUUCUGCAAAACCCAUCUGGCAUUUGUGUCGUUGAGCAGGAGCUGUUGCAUUAUGAGGCCUUAAUGCUUUUUCUACUCGAUCUUAAGUUUAGCAACCCAAAACCAUAUUUAUAUGGAUAGAUUUCAGAUGGGGUCCUUGCUGCAGUGAAGGAAAUUACGGAUAUGUGGGGGGGUUCCCGUUCCUGCAGGGUAUACUGGUUUUUGUUUGAUGCUACCCACUGGCCAAUGUGUUAUAUUUAUUUGUAAAUUUAAACCCCAUGUUUCCUGUCGGGUGGGUUGGAAAAAAAAAAAUACUUUAGGCAUCUCGGACCUGAAUCAUUUCGAUUUGCCUCUAGCGUCUGUUCUGCUUAAUCACAGGUUGGAAAGCUUUUAACUUCCAUUCACAAUGACUUGAAUGGAGUUUGGUCUGGUUUGUGGUCAUCUUUAACUGAUCUUGUGAGGGAGACAGACAACUUUGUUGAGUUUGAAAAUGAGAUCUGUAGAGGAUAAGGGGUGUUACAACCAUGGGUCAACGGCUGAGAUUUCAACUAGCAGUGCCACUAGUUUUGAGUUUCACAAAGGUAAUGGAGCUAAUACCCGCAAUCAUAGGACUGCCUUGGGUAAACCGACACCCUCAAAAUGGGACGAUGCACAAAAAUGGCUGGUUGGAUUGUCAAGAGUGGGAGAAAAAAGCCAGUCGAAAACCAAGCCACGGAAUUCAAAUGCUGAUGACCUGAGACUAAUAGCUCCUGUUCCACAAAAGGAGCAGGAUUACUCGAGCGGUGAGGAGGAUGAAGGUGAAGAAGAACAAAAUGGAUGUGCCGUUUCUGCAAUGACAGAUCAGUAUGGAGUGGAAACAAAGAAGGUGGACGAGUCAGUUUGGCGUAGCGGUAAGCCUUCAGAGAGUUCAACACCGGCUGUGCGAUCAAUAUGUGUGAGGGACAUGGGAACUGAGAUGACCCCAGCUGCAAGCCUUGAGCCUUCAAGAACAGCCACCCCGAUUAGAGCCACAACUCCUGCAGCAAGGAGCCCUGUAGCUUCGGGAUCCUCCACCCCAGUCAGGUGUCAAAAUGGAAAGCAAAACGAGGGGUAUCAGACUGAUGGCAGAGGAGAAGCCAUUCCUAUUGGCAGGGGGAGUGGGGCGAGCAGACAGUGCGGAGGCGACUCAAAUGAUUGCAAUAGGCCUGAUCAGAACAAGAAUUCAGAUCAAGGUAAAACGAUGAGUCCUUUAGAAAGCAGAGCAAUGGCUUGGGAUGAGGCAGAACGUGCCAAAUACAUGGCAAGGUAUAAGCGUGAAGAGGUGAAGAUACAAGCCUGGGAAAAUCAUGAGAAGAGGAAGGCUGAGAUGGCAAUGAGGAAAAUGGAGGUGAAAGCUGAGAGAUUGAAAGCAAGGGCACAAGAGAGAUUGGCAAACAAACUUGCUGCAACUAGAAGAAUAGCUGAAGAAAAGCGCGCAAAUGCCGAGGCCGAACUGAAUGAGAAAGCAGCAAAGACUUCUGAGACAGCAGAUUAUAUAAGAAGGACGGGUCACUUGCCCUAUACAUUCUCAUUCAAGUUGCCUUCUCUUUGCUGGUAGCAACUCUGCAUUUACAUUUACAUGUAACUUUUGCCAGUUAUUUGAAUUAUAUGUAAGCUUUUGCAUAUGCUACUGAUGUUGCAAAAAAAUGCAUUCACAUGUGGUUCCUUCAAUAAAUUUUGGACACCCUUUUCUGGGGAAGUCUUCUUUCUCUUUUUGCAUUGUACAUUGAGCAGGGGAAGCAGAAGACCAUUCAAAGUCGUAUAUUGGCCAUUUGCUGCUA